CUCGUUAGUGGAACCCCCACGGCACACAGAUCACCAAUUGUGGUACUCCUGGAAAAUAAAGACAACAUGGCUCAGACAAACCCUAUCCCCAUGGGCCCUUGGAAGAUCACUGUGUACGACCAGGAGUACUUCCAGGGCAGGCGUAUGGAGUUCACCGCCAGCUGCCAGAACAUCAUGGAGUGUGGGAUGGAGAACGUCCGCUCCCUGAAGGUCGAGUGUGGCGCCUGGGUGGGGUAUGAGCACUCCAGCUUCUGCGGCCAGCAGUUUGUUCUGGAGAAGGGAGAUUACCCUCGCUUUGAGGCCUACAGUGGCAGCAACUCCUACCGCAUUGAGAGAAUGAUCUCUUUCAGGCCCAUCUGCUGUGCUAACCACAAGGAGUCCCGCAUGACCAUCUUCGAGUCGGAGAACAUGAUGGGUCGUCAGUUUGAGCUUUGCGAUGACUACCCCUCUCUGCAGGCCAUGGGCUGGAUGAAUAACGAGGUUGGAUCCAUGAUGGUCCAGAGUGGAGCCUUCGUGUGCUACCAGUUCCCUGGUUACCGUGGCCACCAGUACAUCCUGGAGUCUGACGUCCGCGGAGGAGAGUUCAAGUGUUACCGUGAGUUUGGCUCCCACUCCCAGACUCCCCAGAUUCAGUCCAUCAGGAGGAUCCAGCACUGAGACGGAACCACUUCCUUUGCACCUCCUCAUCUCCUCCUCUCUCUCUGAUCCUGCACUUCCAUCUUUCCUUCCCUUCCUCCUCUCCUGCAACCACCAUCUCCCCCACUUCUGUCGGUCCGGCUAGUUACAAGCAGGAUCCAGAAGUGGACAUCAGGUGCUUACUGACGUCAGUGGUUCACUGCACGUCCGCUUUUUUCUUUUUUUCUUUUUUUUUCUGAGGAAACAUCAUCAAGAAAGGAAAUGUGAGAAAGACAGAAAAUAGGAAUGACAGAAAGUUGGAUAAGGGAAAAAGAGAAGCCUCGUCUGCUGAAGUUCACUGCAGAACGGUGAAAACAGCACAAGGCUUUUCUCCUCUUUUUCAUCCCCACCAUCGAUGGAGCCAUCGUCACUGUCCUCUUCAGAAACACGCCCACCAGUCUUGCUGUUUCUGUGAUAUCCAUGACUGCCUGUGUUCAAGACGAUGAAUAAAGAGAAUAAACCAAGA